AUGGCAGCCGCUCAGCAAUAUUCGGAUGCAGCCCAAUUUUACCAUCAAAAUUACCCCCAGUGUUAUUCUAACGUUUACAAUCAGGAGAGAUCGGAGGCAUAUAACUACGAGUAUAGUCAUAUGAUGCAGUCAUCGAAAUAUUUGGAUUAUAGUGAUUACUACCAGUGCAGAAAUACGUACCCCAAACAGGGGUUUGAACAAUCGGUGCGACAUUUUCAAGCAAACAGUCAAAGUUACUAUGGUGGAAUACCGAGUCCGGCAGAAAGUAGUGUCAACAGUGUUACAAGCGAACAGGACAAAAGAACUGCAAUCAAAAGGAAACCCGAUGAUGUGAGUAAUAACGACUCUCCGGCUCUUCGUGCUCUACUCACUAACCCGGCCAAGAAACUCAAAUACUCAACGGAUUACUAUCCCGCAAGGAGUAACCAACAAAGCAGUCCUCAACCACCAAACUCAAAUUUCCCCGAUUACAAUGACUUUAGAGGAAAUCAUGGAGCAUCUACAGAAUACAGCCAUUUUGACAAAUCAGCAUUUUUGCCAAGUCAUAGCGAACCAAACUACCAUGCAUCGGCUAUGAAAAUGCAAAGUCAUUCAAAUGAUGGCGGACUUCAAGUGCCAAGCAAUGCUAUCGCCGAUAACUUUCCAACAACCAAUAAGGACAGUCUAUCAAAUAUGACAACCUCUCCAGCAGCCGCUUUUGUUGAAGGGAUUAACACACCACCCUUGUCACCGCCAGAAUCGCGGGCAAGUCCACAAGUGAUCGAUCAUCUGAAAACCUGCCAGUCAUCUCCUAGUAUUCCAUAUCAAUGGACUCAAAAUGGAAGUACAUCAGGAUCACCAAAGGACACAAAGCGUACAAGGCAAACGUAUACGCGACACCAAACAUUAGAGCUUGAAAAGGAGUUCCAUGUCAAUCGUUAUCUCAGCCGAAAAAGGCGCAUCGAAGUGGCGCACAGUUUAUGCCUGAGCGAAAGACAAAUAAAGAUUUGGUUCCAGAAUCGAAGGAUGAAAGCGAAAAAGGAUCAACGCACUCCUUCAUUGCCAAAUGUCCUGCCGCCGUCAACUGCCGAAGUCAGUCCACAAUAUCAACCAACUUAUCCCUCGUUUGAUGGCACCUACAACCAACAAUCCUCUCAGCAGGACUAUAUUAGCCACAAUUAUACCUACCCAAUGCAUGGAUUUUCAAAAAGCUACUCACCCACGUCCACGGCAACCACCUCACCGACAACCAGCUACAACAAUGACUACAAGUAUGACCACGGAUACCAAAACCCAUUGAUGUUCCAAAGGGAAACAAUGCACCAUUUAGCAAGACCGUUGACAACGCCUUAA